UCCUCCUCCUCCUCCUCCCUCCCUCCCUCCCUCAAUCCUCCCCUCUUAUCUUCUCGACGGACUGGUAACCUGGCCAUCCCUCGUAGUUACACUCCACUCCAGAAAACCUAAAAGGGACAGAAAUAGCACCAAAUAACAACAAGACACUUCUGCACCGACUCUCACUCCACCUGAGGGGAGUUUGGCAUGCCUCCUCACUCCAGUUGAGUGAGUUGGAAUAAGUGGAAGUAGUAGAGGGAUCCCUCGUUAGUAACCCCCCUCAGAAGGAGACACAGGCCCGAGAGAGAGAGAGAGAGAGAGAGAGAGAGAGAGAGAGAGAGAGAGGACCAGCCAUGCGUUUCCAUUUUGCGUUGACGCUGCAGGCGCUGUGGACCGGCAUCUGCCAGGCGGCCAUGCAGCACUACCCGGCAGCGUGGGGCCACUACGAUGUGUGCAAGUCCCAGAUUUACUCAGACGAAGGCUUAACCUGGGACUACAUGGCCUGUCAGCCAGAGGCGGCCGACAUGACCCAGUACCUGAAGGUUACUCUGGAUCCCUCCAACAUCACCUGUGGAGACCCUCCGGAGACUUACUGUGCCCUGGAGAACCCCUACAUGUGCAAUAAUGAAUGUGACGCCACCACCGAGGAACUCGCCCACCCUCCAGAGCUCAUGUUUGACAUCGAGGGCCGCAACCCCACAACCUUCUGGCAGUCCACGUCUUGGAAGAAGUACCCGAAGGCCCUCCUGGUCAACAUCACGCUUUCUUGGAACAAGACCAUCGAGCUGACCGACGACAUCGUCCUCACCUUUGAGUCAGGCCGGCCCGAGCAGAUGGUGCUAGAAAAGUCGCUGGAUUAUGGACGGACCUGGCAGCCCUACCAGUUCUAUGCCACUGACUGCCUGGACGCCUUCACCAUGGAGCCCAAGACUGUGCAGGACCUGACUCAGCAUACCCUGCUGGACAUCAUCUGCACCGAGGACUACUCGCGAGGUUAUGUGUGGAAGUACGAUAAAACGGUGCGCUUUGAGAUCAAGGACCGCUUUGCGCUGUUUGCUGGGCCCCGGCUCCACAACAUGGCUUCGCUUUAUGGCCAGCUAGACACUACCAAGAACCUGCGGGACUUCUUUACCAUCACAGACCUGAGGAUCCGUCUGCUCCGGCCCGCUACAGGAGCUACGAUGGUGGACGAGAACAACCUGUCCAGAUACUUCUAUGCUGUUUCUGACAUCAAAGUCCAGGGCAGGUGCAAGUGCAACCUUCACGCCAACAGCUGUGUAUAUGACAAAGAGAAGUUGAGCUGCGAGUGUGAACACAACUCCACUGGACCUGACUGUGGCCGCUGUAAGAAGAGUUACCAGGGGCGAGCGUGGAGUGCUGGCUCCUACCUGCCCAUUCCCAAGGGCACAGCUAAUAUCUGUAUUGCUAACAACAUUGGUCCAGUUAACUGUGAAUGCUUCGGCCACUCCAACCGAUGCAGCUACAUCGAGCUGCUAAACACCGUCAUUUGCGUGAGCUGUAAGCACAACACUAGGGGCCAGCACUGCCAGCUAUGCAAGCUGGGCUACUACCGCAAUACCUCGGCAGAACUGGACGAUGAAAAUGUUUGCAUAGAGUGUAAUUGUAAUCCCUUUGGCUCAGUCAGUGAUCGCUGUAAUGGCACAGGAUUUUGUAUAUGUAAGGAGGGCACUACAGGGCCUAAGUGUCAGCAGUGUCUACCCGGCUAUUUGUGGGACGAUGGCUGCAAAUCCCGGGUUUGUGACAACGAGCUCCUGCGCUGCCAAAAUGGCGGGGUGUGUGUCAACAACGUCCGCUGCAGCUGUACCUCAGACUACACGGGUCUGCUGUGCGAGAACCCCCGCUGCAAAUCGGAGUUGGGUGGCUGCGGGGGCCCUGACUCGGGCCAGGCCCCCCUGACGCCUCCAUCGCCCCACAGGCUGCUGCUGCUGCUGCUGCUGGGCUCGGCACUGCUGAGAGAGGCCUCCUGCUGGCCUGCACUGCUCUAAAGAGGCCCCAUGACCUGGUGGGAGUGAUAAACUCCCCGCCGCCUCCACUUUAACCUCCCCCACCCCCCCCACCCCCCCCUCCCCACCCUUUCAAAUAAUCAACAACCAUUAAACAAGAACAACCAUGAGCUUUCUGGACUGUACUGUUCUGAGCUUGUCCGCCGCCAGACUCAAUGGACACUCGCGCUGACGAUAAAGGGAAUGUGCCAGAAAAAUGAGUGCAAAAACUUUUCAUUUAAUUUCAAAGAAUAUAUAUAAAAAAAAACAAAAAACAUAUACUUCUAAAAAUGCCAGAUAUUAUAAAAAAAAAAAAGAGCGUUUGCCUAUUAAGAGUAAAAUGUGCAAAGAACAAUGAAACCCCCUCCCCUUCUAAGCCAUACCAGGUACUUGCGCUCCUUCCAGCUUGAGAAGGGAUAACUGAAGAUGACGGACUCGUUCACUUCCCCUCUUAUUGCCACGGCAACAACAGCUGCGACCAAUCAGCUCUCGAGCGAGUCGGUAGUGGCCGUCGAUCCCCCCCUGCGGGACGCUUCCGCGACUUAAUGUUGGCUGGACUGACGCUGAAGAAAUCUCAAAGAAGCCGUCCGCGCUGAAUGGCUGAAAUACGACCGUGCCGCUUUCGAGAAAAAAGAGGAGGAAACACACGAAGCAUUCUUUGCUGUCAGUGCUUUGUGGAUAGAAGGAAAUCCGUCCGGACUGCCACUUUGUGACACAAAAAACCUUGCCCACGUUGAUCCCUCUCUAGCUUUCUGUCUCCCCCCCCCCCCUCUCACCCUGAGCUCUAUCUCAUCCUCCCUCCUGUUCAUCCUCCCUCCCUCUCCUGCCUCCAGUCCCAAACCCCCUCGCCAUGCUGCCACAGACCUGUGCUUUCGUGAACGUUACUCUGUAAACCCUUGUUGGUUGAAAGAUUCUUUUGUCCGAUGUUAGUGAUGCACAUGUGUAAGAAGCCCCUUACCCUCCCCGCCUCUCCUCUCCUGCAAAAAGAUACUCCAAUAAAGCUGUCUGAUUCUUUUUCUAUCUUAGAGCCUCCACGCUCCCUGCGAUUACGGUCCGAGGAUAGUUUUCACCUGAGCAGACGAGAAGUGCAUAGAAAACCAUCGGUGUAUUUGCAAGUUCUUUUCUCGACAGAGCAAACAAAAAAAAAGAGUCAUGUAGUCCUUUUGUAUCUUUGCCGAACUGUGAUUGAAAAAAAGGCAACCUUUAAUGUAUCUAUUUAAAACAUCCAAAUGCAGAAGCAAUUGUUUAUGGUUUUCUUUUGAUUUCCAUUUCUUUCAUUCACUUAUUUUAUUUGUUGAUAUUACUUUUAGUUGUGCAGUUGAUUUUCCUUUGUAUUGGCAACGUGCUGGCAUCAAAGAAUAUCAGUUUACAUAUACGGUAUUAAUAAAGUGUAAUAAAAUCCCACCAAAGGACAUUAUAAAUGUUUUUGUUCUUGCUUUAACACUUGAGAAUUUAAGUGAAUAAAAGUUUAAAAAUUGAAUUGUGUUGAUCAUUUAUUGAUGGCAGGAAGCCAUGUAAUUUAGAUGUUUCCGAACUGAGAUCAGAAUUUUAGACUUUUUGUCUUCUUCUCUUGAUUGUGUUUCUGAUCCGGAGUCC